AUGUACGGAAAGAUCGCCUUCGUUGCCGCCCUGGUGGGUGUCAACGCUCUCCCAUACGAUGCUCCUGCGUACGGCGCUCCCGCUUCUUCCAGCGAGGCUAGCCCAAUCUACCCUUCAACCACCGCCGAAGCUGAGGCGCCUCCAACUUACGCAACUCACGCUUCGACCAAGGAUGCUGAGCUUCCUUCGUCCAGCGCACCGGCUGUUUACCCUUCCAGCAAGUCUGAGAUGAGCCCGAUUGUCCCUUCAUCAUCUGUCGAGAUCCCGGUGUACAGCGCUCCCUCUUCAUCUUCAGAGAGCAAGGCCACCUACCCGGCCACCUCCAGCGCAUCUGAGAGCAAGGCGACUUACCCGGCCACCUCCAGCUCAUCCGAGAGCAAGGCUACCUACCCAGCAACCUCAAGCUCGUCCGAGAGCAAGGCGACCUACCCGGCCACCUCAAGCAGCACUACUUGCACCGAGACUCUAUCGACUUCCGUCUCCAAGCCAUACAAGUCCGAGAGCACCGAGUCUGCCAGCAAGCCUGCGACUUACUACUCCAGCGAGUCCAAGUCUGAGUCCGUCAGCAAGCCUGUCGUCCCCACCACCUACUCUGCUCAGCAGCCAACCACGGUGACCUACGAUAUGCCAAUCACCUACACCCAGGGCACUGGAUCUGCUACCACCGUCAUCAAGACGACCAUCAAGAAGACCAGCACUCUUUACCAGACCACAACUGUCUACAUCUCGAAGCCAACUGAGACUGCCACCAUGCCAGGUGCCUACCCAUCGCAGAGCAAGCCAGCUUCUGCGCCAGUCUACAGCAGCGAGGCACCAAAGGAGUCCUCUCCAGUCCAGCCUUCCGGAUACACCACCAUCAAGUCUACCGCUACCCAGACUAACUACAUCACCGUGUACCCUGGCCCAUCUACCACCGAGACCUGCGUGCCAAUCACCAAGACCGUGACCGAGACCGCCAAGGUCUACGUUACCGUCCCAGCCAAGAACUCUGCCACUGCUCCUUACCCAACCGGUCCCUCUGCUCCAGUUUACCAGCCUACUGCGCCAGUUUACAAGAGCGAGAGCAAGCCAGUUGAGAGCAAGCCUGUCCAGACUGUCCCUGUCUACCAGAGCAAGCCUGUCGAGAGCAAGCCAGUUCAGACCGCACCUGUCUACGAGACCAAGCCUGUCGAGAGCAAGCCAGUUCAGACCGCACCUGUCUACGAGACAAAGCCUGUUGAGAGCAAGCCAGUUCAGACCGCACCUGUCUACGAGUCCAAGCCUGUCGAGAGCAAGCCAGUUCAGACCGCACCUGUCUACGAGACCAAGCCUGUUGAGAGCAAGCCAGUUCAGACCGCACCUGUCUACGAGACCAAGCCUGUUGAGAGCAAGCCAGUUCAGACCGCACCUGUCUACGAGUCCAAGCCUGUUGAGAGCAAGCCAGUUCAGACCGCACCUGUUUACGAGACCAAGCCUGUUGAGAGCAAGCCAGUCCAGACUGCCCCUGUCUACGAGAGCAAGACCGUCGUUGUCAGCAAGCCAGUUGAGACUGCCCCUGUCUACGUGACCAAGUCCGUCGAGUCCAGCUCUUCUUCCCCCAAAUCUCCGGAACAGCCAAAGACAACCGUGACCAAGGUCUACCAGUCUGCUUCUUCCUCCACCACCUGCACCGAGGAGGCUGCCACCUCUAGCACGAAGAGCGCUGAGAAGCCAUCUUCCGCUCCUGUCUACCCAACCGCCAGCUCCAGCAGCGUCAAGCACGCUGUCCCAACCACCGAGAGCCACGCACCAGUCUACCCAACCGCAAGCYCCAGCAGCGUUAAGGAGGCCACCAAGCCAGCACCAACUGUCUACGUGACACCCGUUCCUGCGGCCAACCCCCCUACCUACAACUAA